AUGGAGCUAGUUGAUAGAGUACGCAACAAUUUUUACGACACUUUCGCCGACAUGAGCUCAACGAAGGCCGUGAGGCUGGUCGUCAUAGUCGGUGGCUACAUCUUGAUCAGAAACCUAGUCUCCAGAGAACUGGCCAAGAGGAAGCUGCAAUCGCAGAUCCGUAAGGAUGAGAGAGAACUGAGCGACAACAAGGGCAAAGAAUUGAUCGACAACCCAGAAGCCGAUGCCACAACGUCUAGUAUCGAAUACGGCUGGGGAAACAGGACCAGACAGAAGAUCAAGAAGCAAGAAGACAUGCUGGCAAAGAUGGUGGAGCAUGCCCAGAUCGAAAAGGACCGGACUGAAGAUGAUCUUAGCGAUAUCCAAGACCUUCUGGAAGAAUAG